CGAAUGCCAGGGACGGGCCCCCGAUGCCGACCCGGCCCGGCCCUCCCGGUCAGUCCAGUGAGCGGCGACGCCAAGGACCACGGGACAGGCCCUGCCGUGGCCUCGCCGUGCCGGGGCUGAGCGGCCCGCACCGGCCACCUGUCACCUUCAACACAGGCUCUACACCCUGGUCCUGGUGCUGCAGCCUCAGCGCAUUCUCCUGGGCAUGAAGAAGAGGGGCUUCGGAGCCGGCCGCUGGAAUGGCUUCGGUGGCAAAGUGCAGGAAGGAGAGAGCAUCGAGGACGGAGCCAGGAGGGAGUUGCAGGAGGAGAGUGGGCUGACAGCAGGUACCUUGCACAAGGCCGGCCACCUGGUGUUCGAGUUUGUGGGCAUCCCCGAGCUGAUGGACGUGCACGUCUUCUGCACUGACAGUGCCCAGGGCACCCCCCAGGAGAGCGAUGCGGCUCUGGGGAGGUCACCAGCACCCACCCAGCUGACCACACCUGGCCUCCCAGAGAUGCGCCCUCGGUGGUUCCACCUGGACCAGAUCCCCUUUGGGGACAUGUGGCCGGACGACAGCUACUGGUUCCCGCUGCUGCUGCAGAGGAAAAAGUUCCAGGGCCACUUCAAGUUCCAGGGCCAUGACACCAUCCUGGACUACAGGCUGCAGGAGGUGGACACCUUCUAGGACCAGGGGACAGGCCUCCCGCCAAGAGACCUGGCCAGGGUUCUCCUAGGCUCCUGCUUGCCCACCACCCAUCAUGGCAAAGGGGCCCAGGGCGGCUACAGAGGCUUCUUCAGUGCUCCAGGCACAAUAAAGCCGUGGACUGUUUGUAAACAA